GUGUGUAUCAUCGGAGAGUGAAGAUUCAGUUUUCGAUUUUCCGAUUCGCUUAAGUGUGCGAGUGAGGAACAUGGACGGUGCCGAAUUGCCGAACAUAAAGAAAUGGAUCGUGAUGUAUCCUGUUUACAUAAAUUCCAAGAAAACGAUGGCCGAAGGAAGACGCAUUGGUCUCGCGAAAGCAUGCGAAAACCCUACUUGCGCUGAAAUUGGUGAUUGCUGCAGCUAUCUUAAACUUCCUUUUGCAAUUGAGAUAGACAAGGCGUACCCUCGUGAUUUCAUGCAAAGAGGGCGCGUGAGGGUGUUGCUGAAAAAGGAGGAUGGGACUCUGUUUAAUUCCUCCAUUUCAUCAAGAAAGCAACUAAUGUUACGGGUUGCAGAGAUGGUACCUAGGCAUCAUGGAAGGACUAAGAAGCAGGAGACUGCAUCAACAUCGUCAACUGCUGGACCUUCCACCAAAUCUGGGAAGGGUGGGAAAAAGAGGAGAUAAUUGCUUGUUUGAAACAUUGUCGUACAUGUUGAUAUUUGGAGUGUCAUGCUGGAUGUGUUGUUUAUUAUAUUAGGACUAAUUACUGCCGACUAAGUCAAAUUGCUUUGCCACCUCAAUAGGUGUUUGUUAACUUUUGCACACUAUAAACAGUUUUGCGCUUGGUCUUCUACAUUAUAUGCUUAUUGGACAUUUUUUAUGGAGUGCUUCUGGGAGGGUGGGGGACCUUUCCCAAGUUAAUAAGGCCUCAAUCUGACCCGGGCUUCCCAUCUUGUUAUUUCUUA